GCCCAUCAAGUAAUAUUUUUAUUAAUAGUAUGAUAAUAUCAUCAUCCAACAACUUGUGGUUGAACAGUCACAGUAACAGUCUUAUUUCCCCUCUGCACUUCCAUGUUCAGGGUUUCUCCUUUCUUCACAUACUCAAAUACUUCUUUGGAGCUUGAGAUUUCAGCUCCAUUGAUUUUCCUUAUCACAUCUCCAGAUCUUAGCCCUGCUCUGUUACAGAAAAAAAAAAGAACAAUAUUACAAUAUGUAUUAGUUUCAGUUCUCCAAGAAAGCCUUGACGAUGCAAAGAGAUCUUUUCCACCUCCUCCCCCCACUCCUCCAGCACCUCCGCCUCCACCACCGCCACCAGGUGUCAUGAAAACCUAACAUACUAAAUUCCAACUUAUUCUGUAAAUUAGCCAUGUCCUGCCCUUGAUCAGCCCUGAGGACUUGCUGCAGAGCCACCAUUAUGUAAUGGCAUCCAUAACAGGAAGCAGGAACAAUAUAUUGAAUCUGAUCUAAUCUGAUUUACAUUAGAAAAAGCUAAGUUUCCCAGGGUGAAGAAGACUCUUUUGUUGUGCCUCCUGUGUUAUUGCUGCUAUUAUCAUAGAAUUAUCCAUGAAAUACCUAUAUUUAUCCUUUUUGAAAAACUGAUAUUUUCA